UUGUGUAGAAUGUUAUUGAUCCUAUCCUAUUGAAUUAAUGCAGCAGUCAUCGUAGACUUUGCGACUGACCUUGCAUCCUUCUUCAAUUACACCCACCAAAGAACACCAAUAACCAACCUAGAAAAAAAAAAAAAGAAGAAAAACACCACUAGCCACAAGCACGUGUUUAACGCUGUACUUCUAUUUAGCAAGAAGAAAAAUAAAAACGUCAGUGACACGGGGUCGCCAAUUGCUUCAGUAUAAGAGUAGGAGCUUCCCUCAGCUUCUUCGCUACAACAAUCCCCCUAAAGAAAACUAGCCAAUGGCAUCUCUUUCAACUCCCCUUCAAAGCUCCACUGCCUACUCCUCCUCCUCUACUCUGUCCUCCUGCCCUUUCUCUACGAAGCCAUCACAGUUUUACCUCAGUGCCAAACGUAACUAUCACCAGUUCACGGUUUCAUGCAAAAACAAUGAAAGCCAUGAACAAGUUAACAAUCUUGAUAGGAGGGAUGUGCUUUUGGGCUUGGGUGGCCUUUAUGGCGCCUCAAACCUCAUCAUCAACCCUUUUGCCAUGGCAGCUCCUAUAGCUGCCCCAGAAAUCGCCAAAUGCGGUCCACCGGCGGACUUACCUUCAGGAGCAGUUGUCACUGACAAUUGCUGUCCGCCGGUGCCCGGCAAAGUCAUUGACUACAAACUCCCUCCACCACCUAAGGUGAACCGUUUUAGGCCAGCUGCUCAUUUGGUCAAGAAAGACUACAUUGAAAAACUUAACAAGGCGGUCGAGCUCAUGAAAGCUCUGCCAGCUGAUGAUCCCCGUAAUUUUACCCAACAAGCAAAUGUUCAUUGCGCUUAUUGCAACGGUGCCUACAUCCAAUCAGGCUCUGAUCAAGAAAUUCAAGUCCAUAACUCGUGGCUAUUCUUUCCUUUUCAUAGAUGGUAUUUGUACUUCUAUGAAAGAAUCUUGGGAAAGCUAAUAGGCGAUCCCAGUUUUGGACUGCCCUUUUGGAACUGGGACAACAUUGGUGGUAUGACCCUACCGUCCAUAUUUCAGGACCAAUCGUCAGCACUGUAUAACCAAAAUCGUAACCAAAGUCAUCUGCCACCAACAGUCGUGGACUUGGGGUAUAAUGGUACGGAUACAGAUGCAACAGACAUAGAAAGGAUAAAAAACAAUUUGGCAAUCAUGUACCGUCAAAUGGUCACUAAUUCCACCACUGCCAAAGAUUUCUUUGGAAAGGAAUACCGGGCCGGCGAUGCGCCCAGCCCGGGUGCAGGGUCCAUCGAGGCCAUUCCCCAUAUCCCAAUCCACAGGUGGGUCGGCGAUCCAAGGCAGCCAAAUGGUGAAGAUAUGGGUAAUUUCUACUCAGCUGGAAGAGAUAUUGUGUUCUAUAGCCAUCAUGCAAAUGUGGACCGGAUGUGGACAAUUUGGCAGCAAUUGGGAGGUAAAAGGAAGGAGGUCCCCGAUCCAGAUUGGCUGAAUUCUUCCUUCAUUUUCUACGAUGAAAAUGCUCAGCCUGUCUGCGUGAAAGUUGGUGAUUGUUUUAGCAAUGAUAAAAUGGGAUAUAUUUACCAAAAGGUGGAUAUUCCUUGGGUCAAGAAUAAGCCCGUGGCCCGCGUGACAAAAUCUAGGGUGGCUUUCACUUCCGGGGCACCACAAGCUGAUAAGGUCUUCCCGGGACCCCUUAACAAGACCGUGAAAGUGUUGGUCAAGAGGCCCAAAUUAUCAAGAAGCAAGAAGCAAAAGGAGGAGGAGGAAGAGAGAUUGGUGGUGUCCGGGAUCGAGUUUUCCAUGGACAAGUAUGUUAAGUUUGAUGUUUUCAUUAAUGAUGAAGAUGAUAAUCCAAACGAUUUUGCUAAGUCCGAGUAUGUUGGGAGCUUUGCACAUUUGCCACACAAGGUUAAAGGUGACAUGAAAGUUAAGACUACUCAAACCUUUGAGUUGACUGAGAUUUUGGAGGACUUAGAUGUUGAAGAAGACGAUGCCCUGUUGGUGACUUUGGUGCCAAAGUCCAAAACUGCUCUUACCAUUGAUAGCAUCAAGAUUGAGGUUGCUGCUUGAUUCACCUGCUAGUACUUUUUUUUUUUUUUUUUUAAUCUCCUCCCUGGGAAAAAAUCUGGCAUUAGAUUUCAUCGAUUGCUUUGAUUUUGACCUAUGCAUGCAUGUUUCAGCACCAUGAAUAAAAUACUUCUGGUGUGCUUGUCACCAGUUAAUAAAAAUAUGUUUCAGCACCUA